GGGAUGAUACGAGCCAACCAGGCCCAUCCCUUGAUCCAGCCCAACAAGACACAAGGCCCAAAAGAAGUACUAAAAGGCCGGCCCGUUUUAAUCCUUGAAGACCAAGGAGUUGCAAGUCCCCCACUACGUUGCAUGUUUCCCAAUUUCUGCAUAUUUCUUUUAUUGUUAUUUUUAAUUAUGCAUGUGUUGAAUUUGUCUUUAGUGGUAGAGUAUUAUUAGGAGGUAGUGGCAUGGAAUAAGGACAUGGGCAUCGUGCUCAAGGUCCCCUGCAUAUUUAAAUUCUAGUUUGCAUAAUGAAAAAAACCCAGAAAAUUGCCCCAAGUUCUCAUCCUCUUUCUCUUGAUUUCUUUGGAGUGUUUGCCUACUAAAAAAGGCUAUACCAUGAAGCGAUUGCAAAUUUUCUAAAGAACGCGCUCACAAGUAUAACACUUUUGGUAUUUUUGAAGGAGGCGGCAUCAAACUGCCUAUCCAAAUCCCAUCCUCAAAUUCUACAGUAAACCCUCAAGACUCCCUCACAUAUGAUUUACCCUCAAAGUUAACCACAUCCCUCCCAAAGCAACAAUCGGCCUGCAAAACAUCAACAAAUCGGGUUGUUCUCUCAGUUUCUUGGAGAAAUCGAUUCAGGAAAUCGACGAUAUAACUUCGUUUAUCGACGAUGGAGACGUGGUUCAUCAUCGUCGUUUCCCUCUGCACCGCCGCCCUUAUCCGAUCCAUAAUAUUCCACCGGAAGAACAAGCUACCACCAGGCCCACCGCUCCUUUACUCCACCUUCCUACUGCUAACCAUUUCCCGUUUAAAAUUCGAACCCAUUCUCAUCAAUCUCAAGGCCCGGUACGGGCCCAUCUUCACCCUCCCCUUCGGAAUUCGAACCAACAUCUUCGUUGGCAACCAUUCUCUCGCUCACCAACUCCUCAUUCAAAAAGGCGCCGUCUUCUCUGACCGCCCUAAAUCUCUCGGCAUGCGCAACAUCUCCGGUUGUUCAUACGGCCCUACUUGGCGGACCCUCAGGCGGAAUCUUGCAUCCGAGAUCAUGCAUCCCGCCCGCAUCAGAUCGUACUCUUGGGCUCGCAAGUGGGUGCUUCAGAUAUUGAUUGAGAGAAUUCUGGAACGUCAAGAGAGUGAGGGGAUCAAGGUGGUUGACCAUUUUCAGUACGCAAUGUUUUGUCUGUUGGUGUUUAUGUGUUUUGGAGACAAGUUUGACGAGAGUAAAAUUAAUGAGAUCGCUAACGUACAGCGUGAUAUGUUGAUUAAAGCUGGGUCAGGGCGGUUUGCGGUGUUCACACUUUUCCCAAAAUUGGGGAAAGUGUUGUUUAGGAACAGAUGGAAAGAGUUUGAGAAAUUGCGUAGUGAUAAGGAUGAAGUGUUGAUUCCGCUCAUCAAGUCUCGAAUUGGAUCGGCUAAUUCUGAGGGCCGAUUAGGAAAGAAGCAGCGGAUUGUGGCAUAUGUUGACACACUGGUGAAUUUACAGCUUCCGGAAGAAGAAGAAGCUGAUAAUGGAAAUGGUGGAAGGCUAACUGAUGAGGAGAUGGCGAGUAUGUGUAGUGAGUUUCUUAAUGCGGGUACGGACACCACAUCUACCGCGCUACAAUGGAUCAUGGCUAAUCUAGUGAAGCAUCCUAGCAUUCAGAGCAAGCUAUUUGAUGAAAUUGUUGCCGUCGUGGGACCUCCACCACCACGAAAAGGGGUGAAGCUGGAGUCCGAGUCGGUUAUAAACGAAGAGGAUCUACAGAGAAUGCCAUACCUGAAAGCGGUGGUUUUAGAAGGGUUGAGAAGACACCCACCUGGCCAUUUUGUGCUGCCACAUAGGGUCAUGAAAGAGGUGGAGGUGCAAGGCUACACGAUUCCACAGGGUGCGACUAUCAAUUUCAUGGUGAAUGAGAUGGGUUUGGACCCGAAUGUCUGGGAUGACCCCUUGGAGUUUAAACCAGAGCGGUUCUUGGUGAAUGAUGGUGCGUUUGAUAUAACCGGAAGCAAAGGGAUAAAGAUGAUGCCUUUUGGUGCCGGAAGGAGGAUAUGUCCUGGUUCUGAUUUGGCUCUGCUUCAUCUGGAAUAUUUUGUUGCCAAUUUGAUAUGGUAUUUUAAUUGGACUGUUCCUGACGAUUGUCAUGUUGAUCUUUCCGAGAAGGUUGAGUUCACCGUUGUCAUGAAGAAUCCUCUGAGAGCACAAGUUUCUUCUCGGGCUCAAGAAUGAACCACCUGAGUCUAUGUACACAUACAUAGCAACAUGUUUGCAGUUUACAAGUAUACAUGUGUAUCUAUAUGUCUAUACUGUACAAAAAUAAGAAAGUCCAUUUGCUUCUGUAUGUAUUGAAGUAGUCUCCUGAUACCUGGUUAAUUACAAAAAAGAUCGCAACAGUGAUUUUUGUUGA